AAAAUAAAGUAUAUCAAAAAUAUAUAUUAUUAAUGUAUAUAUAUAUAUAUACAUACAUACGUAUAGUUAUUAUAAAAAGAAUGUUCAAACCUUCAGAAAAUUUAGCUACUUAUCUAUGAUUUGACAUUCAUUAGCCAACGAUAAAAAAUAGUUUUAUAAUAUGUAUUUUGCUCUAACAUUAAAUUUUUUAUAUUCGCUAUGAUAAUUUUGCGUGUCCCACCAUUAUACAGCGAAAUUUAUUCGAAGCAAAGUACUGAUAUUAUUCGAUGGCAAAAAAAUAAACAGUUUUAAACUGUGUACUUAAUGAAAUACAUUUAAUAUUAAUAGUGUAAUCAGAAUAUUCAAAUAUAUUAAGAAAAAGACAAGAUACAUAUUAAUAUUAAAAAAAACAAUGGCAUUGCGUGAAUUGGUAGAAGGUGACUGUGGAGGACCUAGUUCUUUAAUUCAUUUGACAUCACAUUUUGUACGUGAUCAUGGAUUCAAAGACGAAGGAAUACAUCAUCCUUUUGAACAUGUGGAACCUUUUCAAGCUUCAGAUUCAGAUCAGUUAGUUAAACAAUUUUUAGAAGAAAAUCCUUCAUGUCCUCAAACAUUUAGAAUGGAUAAUUUAUUACAAGAAAUGCGUGAAAUUGAUCAAAAUAUUCAUCCACCUAUAGCAGCACCUGGAGUUGCUCAAGAAUUAACCAGUUUAGAUACAGCUUGGGCAAAUCAAUAUCUUGAAUCAGGACGUCAUUUUAAUGAACAUCAUGCUGAUGAUAUUUGGCAUCCUGAAGAAGAAAAUAAUUCAAAUAUUUUAAAUAAUCAAAAACAUGAAUUUGGAUUAGGACCAAAAUGGGCUGAAGAAUAUAUAGAACAUAGUAUAGAUGCUAUACAAAGCAAUAUAAAUAUAGAAAAUCCAAUAGAAAUAAUAGAAAACAAUGAUAAUCCUAAUUUUGAAUAUUCAAAAUUUAUGAAAUUUAUGAAACAAGAAGGAGAAAUCCCUAUUGAAAACAAUCAAGAUUCACUGCCAAAUUUUCAUGAUACAAGUAAAAAAUGGAUUGAACAAUAUAAAAAAGAUAAUCAAAAAUCUGAAGAUAUAAUUUCUUCUGUCAAUCGAGAAAAUGAAAUGAUAAAUAAAGUAGAAGAAGAAUUAGCUGUUGCUGGUAACUGGAUAGAUGAAUUUCAAAAAGAAAAUGUCUCUACAGUGAUAGAAAAUUAUGAAUCUACAUUUUUAAAACUUCAAAAUGAAUGGGACAAAAUUUCAUCUGAAGAAUUAUCUUCCAAGCAUCCUUGGCUUUCAGAAUAUGAUAAAUUUUAUGAUCCAUUUAAAGAAUAUGAAUUUCAUGAAGAAAAUCCUAUGAAAAAUUUACCUAAUGCAUUGAAAGAAGGUAAAAAAAGAUUGGAAGCUGGAGAUUUACCAAGUGCUAUACUUUGCUUUGAAGCAGCAGUGCAACAAGAUGAAAAUAAUUCAGAAGCUUGGCUACUUCUUGGUAAAACCCUAGCUGAAAAUGAACAAGAUCCAUUAGCUAUUUCUGCUUUAAAACGUUGUUUAAAUUUGGAUCCUUCAAAUGGUCCUGCUCUUAUGGCACUUGCAGUUUCAUAUACAAAUGAAUCUUAUCAAAAUCAAGCAUGUAUAACUCUUAAAGAAUGGUUAUUGAAAAAUGAAAAAUACAAGCAUCUACAAAAAAUUAAUAAUGAACAACACAUAAAAUCCAAUAUAUCAUCUAUUUUGUUUGAAGAUGUACAUGAAGAAGUAAAAAAUCUUUAUAUUCAAGCAGCACGAAUGAAUCCAUGGAAUGAAAUAGAUGCAGAUGUACAAUGUGGAUUAGGAGUACUUUUCAAUUUAUCUAAUGAAUAUGAUAAAGCUAGCGAUUGUUUUCAAGCGGCGUUGCAAGUGCGUCCUCAUGAUUCUAGAUUAUGGAAUAGAUUAGGUGCAACUUUAGCUAAUGGUCAAAAAUCAGAAGAAGCUGUAACUGCAUAUCAUCAUGCUUUAAAAUUAUCACCUGGAUUCAUUAGAGCUCGUUACAAUCUCGGGAUUUCUUGUAUUAAUCUUGGUGCAUUUAAGGAAGCAGGCGAGCACCUUAUAAUUGCUUUAAACCAACAAGCUGCUGGUCGUGGAAUUCAAGGCGAAAAUUUUCCGCCAAAAACAAUGUCGAAUAUUAUUUGGUCAACAUUGAGACUUGUUAUUUCAUUAAUGCACAAAUAUCAUUUAAAUGAAGCUAUAGAAAACAGAGAUCUAACAAGGUUAAAUAAGGAAUUUGAAAUUGUAUAAAAAUUUGUUGAACUCGUUUGUUAAAAAGUAUAAAUCCUUUUUAACUUAGUAUUUAAGAUAUAAAAUAAAAUGAUUAAAAAUAUUUUUCGUAGUUCAAAAAUGUAUAUAUAAACAAAAAUUAAGAUUAUUAUUAAUGCUAUUAUAUAACUUCUUUGUUAUAAUAUGGGAUUGACUUAAACAUAUUAAAAAAAUUGUUUUGAAAAACAUUAUUUAAUAAAUAUCAAAACAUUA